CGGGCAAAUUUGGGGUGAAGUACCAACCCGGCGCGUCUCCAGGUGGCGGAUAGGAGAGGUCCCCAAGCUGAUGAUUACAGAUGAAGCUGGGGUCUGUGGGACUAUACGUCGGCUCGUAGUUUUAAAACACUAUUGGCAGCCUUCUAAAAUCCCACCGCGGACCAACUUCUCCUGCCCAGCUGUAGUGUCGUGGCUAAGGGCCUGCACAGGACUAACGAUGCCGACUGUCGGAUAGUCACUGACUAACGGCAGUUGACAAACCAUGCAACCCUGUGUUGUGGGGGAUCUUGCCUUAAUCGGCCGGAUCGAGAGGAGACAACCUCAGUAAAAACCCCAAGUUCAAGGUGGAACAUCCUAUGCCGACGAACUUGCUCUUGUAGUGACUCAUUGGGUUAAGAUGAGCCCCUAAUAGGCGAACUCCGGACACCUGCCGCCCUCCGGUUUCACUAGGCUUACCAGGGUACGGGAGCACUGCCCUGGUGGACUCUUAGUUCUUCCCCUCUCGUGGGAACAUAAAUGGAUACCCCAACUGAAAAACCAAUUACUAAUCCAGUCGAGACUGGGGAGGAUCCAGUCCCGGCUGCACCCUCGAAAGAGGAUAGUACAGAGGCUGGGACUAUACCCGAAUCUGAUACUUUUAACCGAGAAUUGGGGACGGAGGAGAAAUCCGGAACCGCCCCAGAGGAAAGUAAAAUUGAGACUACGACUGUCGGUGUUUCAAAGGAGUUGGAGAAACGUCAUCUGCUUCCCCCUCGUAAACGCCUGUCGGGAGCAUGUAGGAAACGCGUUAAACGUUUAGUGCAGUGUGGAACCGACCAUGAAACGGCUGUAGCGAUUGUUCUCCAAGCCAAAGAGAUGUCUUUACACCUCCCGAAAAUUGCAGCCAGGCUGCGCCAAGAUCAUAGCUCACUUGGGGGAAGUGCUAAAAAGCAGGUCGGGGGAAUAGAAGUAGGCGUGAUCGCAUCGAAUCCCCAAACCAUGAUGACCACCAAUCAACUCGAUAUGCUGAAGACUGCCAUCCUCAGACAAACCUUCUGCUGCAAACAAGAAGUGGGGACCCAGAUUCGCUUCCUAGGCUGUACUUACAAACCAGGAUGGCUACUUAUAAAAUGCGCGGAUGAGGUUACCGUUUCUUGGCUCACCAAGUGCGUAUCGCAUCUCAAUCCAUGGGUUGGAGCCAGUCUUCGUGCAGUUCAGGGGGAAGAGCUGCCCAAGCCUCAAAUUUGCAUAGCGUAUAUCCCUGACCCCCCUUCUCGUGAACGUCCUUCUCCGAGUGAGGUGUUGGCAGGUCUGCGCUUCAUGAACGCAAACCUGUCUACGUCUAAUUGGGUGGUCCUGGAGCAGCAGGUUUCGGGGCCGGGCCGUAUAUGGACAUUCUAUAUCGACGAUAGCUCCAUGCAUGGGCUGAAGUCCUUGGACAUGAUGCCCUAUUAUGGUUUCGGAAGGGUCACCUUCCGUGUCAUUGAAAAGGGCACAAAUCCUUCAAAGAUAUGGACUUGUGGAAGCACUUCUGCCUCCUCUGCGGGUCAAGUGGGGGGCGCGGGACAUGAAUCUGCCCCUACCACAGGCCCAUGCACUUAACUCUCAAAAAACCCAAAAUGGCUGGUGAAACAGCCAUUACCUUAUAAGCCUGAAGAGUUGUUCCGCCCUAGUGAUGACUCGGGUGUACGAAUUCCUUCAGGCUUAUCUACAGCGUGCCAAGGUUGGAUCAUACAAUCUUGGCAAGUCAUCCAGGAUGAGAGUAUGGUAUAUACCUCAUUCAGGAACCCAAUUGUGGAAUAAUUAAUCAAGGAGCACUUCUGCCUCCUCUGCGGGUCAAGUGGGAGGCGCGGGACAUGAAUCUGCCCCUACCACAGGCCCAUGCACUUAACUCUCAAAAAACCCAAAAUGGCUGGUGAAACAGCCAUUACCUUAUAAGCCUGAAGAGUUGUUCCGCCCUAGUGAUGACUCGGGUGUACGAAUUCCUUCAGGCUUAUCUACAGCGUGCCAAGGUUGGAUCAUACAAUCUUGGCAAGUCAUCCAGGAUGAGAGUAUGAUAUAUACCUCAUUCAGGAACCCAAUUGUGGAAUAAUUAAUCAAGGAGCACUUCUGCCUCCUCUGCGGGUCAAGUGGGGGGCGCGGGACAUGAAUCUGCCCCUACCACAGGCCCAUGCACUUAACUCUCAAAAAACCCAAAAUGGCUGGUGAAACAGCCAUUACCUUAUAAGCCUGAAGAGUUGUUCCGCCCUAGUGAUGACUCGGGUGUACGAAUUCCUUCAGGCUUAUCUACAGCGUGCCAAGGUUGGAUCAUACAAUCUUGGCAAGUCAUCCAGGAUGAGAGUAUGAUAUAUACCUCAUUCAGGAACCCAAUUGUGGAAUAAUUAAUCAAGGAGCACUUCUGCCUCCUCUGCGGGUCAAGUGGGGGGCGCGGGACAUGAAUCUGCCCCUACCACAGGCCCAUGCACUUAACUCUAAAAAAACCCAAAAUGGCUGGUGAAACAGCCAUUACCUUAUAAGCCUGAAGAGUUGUUCGGCCCUAGUGAUGACUCGGGUGUACGAAUUCCUUCAGGCUUAUCUACAUCGUGCCAAGGUUGGAUCAUACAAUCUUGGCAAGUCAUCCAGGAUGAGAGUAUGGUAUAUACCUCAUUCAGGAACCCAAUUGUGGAAUAAUUAAU